AUUUCACGCUAUAUCAGAAAAAGCCAGAGGCAGCAGAUCGCAGCUCUGAGAGGCUGCCAUUAACGAAUUCCUUCUUCAGUUCUGCAUCUUCUUCUUCAGCUAGGGUUUCUGACAGUCUCACAGAAAAAUUGAUAGUGCCACGUUCUCGCCAUGUAUAUGGCCACUUCUCCAUAUUCUUCACUCGCGCUCCUCAGAGCCUCUAGGGUUCGCUUCGCGCCUUCUAUCUCUACAGUUUCGCUGUCUUCUUCUUCUUCUGCUCCUCCUCCUCCUUGUCCCUCUAGAAUCGCCGCUUCUGCUUCUUCUUCGUCUUUGCCUUUUUCCACGAUCAGUGGUGGUUACCGUUCCUUGGGAUUCUUGUCGGCGUUUCGAUCUCGUCGGUGGAGCCACGGCGUCGACUGGCGGUCCCCGGUCAGCCUCCGCGCUCAGAUCAGGGCCGCUGCUCCUGUGAUCGAGCGGUUCGAGCGGAAAAUGGCUACUAUAGCUUCUGAGCAUCCUUUUAAGGGAAUAUUGACCAGUGUUCCCAAGCCUGGAGGUGGAGAGUUUGGAAAGUUCUACAGCCUCCCUGCUCUGAAUGAUCCAAGGAUUGACAAGCUGCCUUACUCUAUAAGGAUACUUCUGGAAUCUGCCAUACGUAAUUGUGACAACUUCCAAGUAACCAAGGAUGAUGUUGAAAAGAUUAUUGAUUGGGAGAAUACUUCACCGAAGCAAGUUGAAAUUCCCUUCAAGCCUGCUCGUGUUCUCUUACAGGACUUUACUGGAGUGCCAGCUGUGGUUGACCUUGCCUGCAUGCGGGAUGCCAUGAACAACCUUGGCAGUGAUUCAAACAAGAUCAAUCCCUUGGUGCCAGUGGACCUUGUCAUUGAUCAUUCAGUUCAGGUUGAUGUAACAAGAUCAGAAAAUGCAGUACAGGCAAAUAUGGACCUUGAAUUCCAGAGGAACAAAGAGAGGUUUUCCUUCUUGAAAUGGGGUUCAACCGCCUUCCGUAACAUGCUUGUUGUUCCUCCUGGUUCUGGUAUUGUCCACCAGGUUAAUCUGGAAUACCUUGGACGGGUUGUUUUUAACAAUGAUGGUAUUCUCUAUCCUGAUAGUGUGGUUGGUACUGAUUCCCACACAACUAUGAUUGAUGGACUAGGAGUUGCUGGAUGGGGUGUUGGAGGAAUUGAAGCAGAGGCUGCAAUGCUUGGCCAGCCAAUGAGCAUGGUAUUACCUGGUGUUGUUGGAUUUAAGCUGUCUGGUAAGUUGCGUAGUGGUGUCACAGCAACUGACUUGGUUUUGACCGUGACACAAAUGUUAAGGAAGCAUGGUGUUGUUGGCAAGUUCGUUGAGUUCUAUGGUGAGGGCAUGGGUGAAUUGUCAUUGGCUGAUAGGGCCACCAUUGCAAACAUGUCUCCUGAAUAUGGAGCAACAAUGGGUUUCUUCCCUGUAGAUCAUGUUACAUUACAGUAUCUUAAAUUAACUGGAAGAAGCGAUGAAACAGUAGCUAUGAUAGAAGCAUAUUUGCGUGCAAACAGAAUGUUUGUUGAUUACAAUGAGCCUCAAGUAGAACGAUUUUACUCAUCUUAUCUGCAAUUGAACCUAGAAGAUGUUGAACCCUGCAUGUCAGGACCUAAGCGGCCUCAUGAUCGAGUUCCUCUGAAAGAGAUGAAGACUGACUGGAAAGCAUGUCUUGAUAACAAAGUUGGAUUCAAGGGCUUUGCUGUACCGAAAGAGGCACAGGACAAAGUGGCCAAGUUUUCAUUCCAUGGACAGCCUGCUGAGCUCAAGCAUGGUAGUGUUGUUAUAGCAGCUAUCACGAGUUGUACAAACACAUCAAAUCCUAGUGUCAUGCUUGGGGCUGGUCUUGUUGCAAAAAAGGCCAGUGAACUUGGCUUGGAGGUCAAGCCAUGGAUUAAAACUAGUCUUGCUCCAGGUUCUGGAGUUGUUACAAAAUAUCUGCUCCAGAGUGGCAUGCAAAAGUACUUGAAUCAGCAGGGAUUUCAUAUUGUUGGCUAUGGAUGCACAACAUGUAUUGGGAAUUCAGGGGAUCUUGACGAAUCAGUAGCUUCUGCAAUUUCAGAAAAUGAUAUUAUUGCAGCUGCUGUGCUCUCUGGUAACCGGAACUUUGAAGGUCGUGUUCAUGCAUUGACAAGAGCCAACUAUCUAGCAUCACCUCCACUAGUUGUUGCUUAUGCACUUGCCGGCACAGUUGACAUCGACUUUGAGAAGGAGCCAAUUGGUACAGGAAAGGAUGGUAAAGAUGUGUACUUCAAAGACAUAUGGCCUACUAGUGAAGAAAUUGCAGAGGUUGUUCAAUCAAGUGUGUUGCCUGAAAUGUUCAAGAGUACCUAUGAGGCUAUCACAAAGGGAAAUCCCAUAUGGAAUCAGUUAUCAGUUCACAGUUCCUCUCUUUAUUCAUGGGACCCGAACUCAACCUACAUUCAUGAGCCCCCAUAUUUCAAGAACAUGACCAUGAAUCCACCGGGUCCUCAUGGGGUGAAGGAUGCCUACUGCUUGCUCAACUUUGGCGACAGUAUUACCACCGAUCAUAUUUCUCCUGCCGGUAGCAUCCAUAAGGAUAGCCCUGCUGCAAAGUAUCUUAUUGAGCGUGGGGUGGCUCCCAAGGACUUCAAUUCUUACGGUAGCCGUCGUGGAAAUGAUGAGGUGAUGGCAAGGGGCACCUUUGCCAAUAUUCGCAUUGUCAACAAGCUUCUGAAUGGAGAAGUGGGUCCAAAGACAAUUCACAUUCCAACAGGAGAGAAGCUUUAUGUGUUUGAUGCAGCAAUGAGAUACAGGGCUGAUGGGCAUGACACCAUUGUCCUAGCUGGAGCAGAGUAUGGAAGUGGCAGCUCUCGAGAUUGGGCUGCCAAGGGCCCAAUGCUACAGGGAGUCAAAGCAGUGAUCGCUAAGAGCUUUGAGAGGAUCCAUCGCAGUAACCUGGUUGGGAUGGGAAUCAUUCCUCUUUGUUUCAAGGCCGGUGAGGAUGCUGACACACUAGGCUUGACAGGUCAUGAGCGCUACAACAUCGACCUUCCUAGUAAGAUCAGUGAGAUAAGGCCAGGCCAAGAUGUCACCGUUACAACUGACAAUGGCAAGUCUUUCACAUGCACGGUCCGCUUUGACACACAGGUUGAGUUGGCAUAUUUUGAUCAUGGUGGCAUUCUUCCCUAUGCCAUCCGGUACUUGAUCAACCAAUGAGGAAAUUUGCUGUGGAAUUGGUGGCUUAGGCAUAUCUCCAGUCAUCAGCGAAGGGUUGAAUAUUCCGCACAGAAGUUUUUUUUCCCCUUUUUCUAAUUAACAGGAUGAGGGUUCUAAUAAAAUCAGGGAAAAGAAACAUGGUCAACUUUUACCAAUGGGGGGAUGAAGAGUGCUUCGCUCAUACGGGUGUAGCCCUUAUUUGCAUAGUUUCGCAGGGAUAUGAAAGAUUAUUUCCCAACUCACAGCACUUUUUAAAGUUAUUUAUCAUGAAAGUUUUGUGGUCAUCUACAAAAUGUUGUUGAAAAUGAUUUGAUGCAUAUGGCCAAUGGCAUUAAUAACCAGGGGAUAGCCAAAGUUCACUUUUA